GGGGGCUUCGCUGCGCUCUGGUCCUGCCGUUCUCUCCGUGCCGCGUGAGGGGGUUGAGAAGAACCGCCUAACAUGACUACUGUAUAAAUGCCAUAGAAUAAAUGGCGUCGAAAGUAACAGAUGCUAUAGUCUGGUACCAGAAGAAGAUUGGGGCAUAUGACCAGCAAAUAUGGGAAAAAUCUGUUGAACAAAGAGAAAUCAAGGGUUUAAGGAACAAGCCAAAGAAAACUGGACAUGUAAAGCCAGAUCUCAUAGAUGUUGAUCUUGUAAGAGGCUCUGCCUUUGCUAAAGCUAAACCAGAAAGUCCCUGGACCUCCCUGACUCGAAAGGGUAUUGUUAGGGUUGUUUUCUUCCCAUUCUUCUUCAGCUGGUGGCUACAAGUGACAUCAAAGGUUAUUUUCUUCUGGCUCCUUGUCCUUUAUCUUCUUCAAGUUGCUGCAGUAGUAUUGUUCUAUACAAUAGAAGGCCCACAUAAUAUACCUCUGACUGAAGUAAUAGGGCCGGUAUGGCUCAUGUUGCUCCUUGGAACUGUGCAUUGCCAGAUUGUUUCAACAAGAACACCUAAACCACCUCCAAGUACAGGAGGGAGAAGGCGAAGGAAAUUAAGGAAAGCAGCACAUUUGGAAGUUCAUAGGGAAGGAGAUGGCUCUAGUACUACAGAUAACACACAGGAAGGAACAGUGCAGAGCUACGGUACAAGCACCUCUUACAGUAUUGGCGCUGUCUUCAGAGAUAUCUGGCAUGCCGCUUUCUUUUUAUCAGGAGCAAAGAAAACAAAGAAUUCAAUAGAUAAGUCAACAGAGACUGACAAUGGGUACGUCUCCCUUGAUGGAAAAAAGACAGGUAAAAGCACUGAAGACGUUUUGCAGUCCCAUGAGCCACACUGUGAAAUUAUCAGAUCAGAAGAGACAUGCUGGAACACAGGAACAGUCAGAAAUACACUCAAUAAUUCUAAUCAUCACAAAGAUAAUCACAGGACAGUGGCAAAUGUGUCUGAUGAAGUUUCAAGUGAAGAAGGGCCAGAAACUGGAUAUCCCUUGCGGCGUAAUGCAGAACGUGCUUCUAGUGAUUGUACAUUUCGAAACAGGAAAUCCCAUCAUUAUAAGAAACAUUAUCCUGUGGAGGAUGUCCCUAAAUCAGGCACUAGUUGCAGUUCGCGAUGUUCAAGUUCCAGACAAGAUUCUGAGAGCACAAGGCCAGAGUCUGAGACAGAAGAUGUAUUGUGGGAGGAUCUCUUGCAUUGUGCAGAGUGCCGCUCAUCCUGUACCAGUGAGACAGAUGUAGAGAACUCUCAGGUUAAUUCAUGUAUGAAGAAAGAGUAUAGAGAUGACCCAUUUCAUCAGAGUCAUUUGCCCUGGUUCCAUAGUUCUAAUCCAGGGCUAGAAAAAGUCAGUGCAAUUGUUUGGGAAGGUAAUGACUGUAAAAAGGCUGACAUGUCAGUGCUUGAGAUCAGUGGUAUGAUAAUGAACAGAGUGAACAGCUAUGUACCUGGAAUAGGAUAUCAGAUUUUUGGAAACGUUGUCUCAUUAAUCCUGGGUUUAACACCAUUUGUAUUUCGACUUUCCCAAGCGAAGGAUCUGGAGCACUUAGCUACACACUCUGCUGCUGAACUUUAUACUAUUGCAUUUGGGUCAAAUGGAGACAUAAUGGUUCUUUCUAUGGUUAUAAUAUGCUUUGCAGUUCGUGUUUCUCUUGUAUGGAUUUUCUUCUUCCUGUUGUGUGUGGCAGAGAGAACAUACAAACAGAGGCUCCUUUUUGCCAAACUCUUUGGCCAUUUAACAUCUGCAAGAAGGGCACGAAAGUCAGAAGUUCCUCACUUCCGGCUAAAGAAGGUGCAGAAUAUAAAAAUGUGGCUCUCCCUCCGCUCCUAUCUGAAGCGGCGAGGUCCUCAGCGGUCAGUUGAUGUAAUAGUCUCAUCUGCUUUUUUGUUGACUAUUUCAGUUGUAUUUAUCUGCUGUGCACAGCUGCUUCAUGUACAUGCGAUCUUCCUUGACUGCCAUUAUAAUUGGGAACUAGUGAUAUGGUGCAUUUCAUUAACUCUGUUUCUUUUAAGAUUUGUUACACUUGGAUCUGAAACAAGUAAAAAAUACAGCAAUACCUCAAUAUUACUUACUGAACAGAUAAAUUUGUACUUGAAAAUGGAAAAGAAGCCGAACAAGAAGGAAGAACUGACAUUAGUAAACAAUGUUUUAAAGCUUGCUACAAAAUUACUCAAGGAACUGGACAGUCCCUUCAGGUUAUAUGGAUUGACAAUGAAUCCUCUGCUUUAUAACAUCACACAAGUUGUCAUUCUGUCUGCUGUUUCUGGUGUUAUCAGUGACUUGCUUGGGUUUAAUCUAAAGCUCUGGAAGAUAAAAUCCUGACAAUUUUCAAAAAGGUCCGGAGAAGAGGACUGAUUGACUAAGCUGUCUCAAAGCAGUUGCUGAUUCUGAAUUUCAGACAUUACAAUCUCUUCAAGGAUAUUUGUUGAAAAAACUGAAGUGUUUACAUCUGACUGUCUUGUGCAAUCUUUAUAUUUAUUUUACCUUUUCACUUUUUGUAAACUUUAUUUUAGCUUACGUUGUAUUUUAUUUUGAAACAUUAAUAUGGUUUGGUUAUUGAAAAGGUCAAAAAUGGAUAUCCAGAUACUUGAGAUCCUGGUAAUUGGUUACGUUAAAUUACUCAAAUAUGCUUCAUCUGCUAUGAAAGAUGAAGCCCUAAUGCUAGACUUUUAUACUUCAGAGGUUCUCGUUACAACAAUGUCAUGCUGAAGUCACUUUAAUGAGCAUAUACUAUAAAAUGUUUAGAACAUUUUAUUUUGUUUCAUCCUUUCAGGGGUAGUAUCAGAGCACCAGCAUAUUGUUGGUUACAGUAGAAAGUGACAUUUACUGUGAUGACAAUGCCGUAGGCCAGGGAACUAAAAUUUUAUAUAGAUAUAUAAGGAAAGAUAUAAAAAAACAAAUGCUAGCGUCAGCAGGUUUCUUUACUGAAGUGAUUCCAGGAUCCUAAACACGUUGAACUGAAGUUUAAGCAUUAUUGAAUAUUAACAAGGUAUUACAUGGCAGGUCAGCAAGUGCUCUUUGAUAACCUUUUUACUAGAGCAAUAACUGUAAACUGUUACCACGCUGUAAGAUAUUUUGAUAAAAAUUAGCUAUAGUAUUUAUUUGAAACACUGGGCUGUUUGCACAGCUUUGACUGUGCCGCUCAACAUGUGCACUUUUAUUGUUACUUUUAAUAAUGGACUUUAUAUAUACUAAAUGGAAUAUAUUACGGUGGACUGUGAUGCAAUAGUGUUACCUUUGCAAGAUGAAUACGUGAGGUAAGCUCGAGAUAAAUGUUCUCCCAUAGUACACUGUAGUAUAUGUGACUUAUACCACACAUAGACUAUAAACUGAAUGACAUUAUCGUAUUAAUUUUAAGUUAUAAGACAAACAACUUUUGACAGUCUAAUUUUCAAAGCUUAGUCUUCAUCCUGCUUAUAUGUAGGUGCUGAAGUAAGUCAUGUUGAGUUUCUUGGGCUUGCUCCAGAGUAAACAUAUAUAGGAUCAGGCUUUUUUUUAUGGUAAACCUAAACCCUCCAACUUAGGUUACAGCACACUUUACUCAGUAGUAAGUCCUAAUGUGUUCAAUGGGUCUUAUUCCCAGGUAUGUGUGCAUAAGAACAAGGUUAAAUUGAUUUCAGUGGGAUGGGAGUAAAUGUUUUUCAGACUGAGGCCAAAUUAAGGUCCAAGUCAUAUUAGACUGUAUUUUUAUAUACUUUUCAAACGAUCAAGGCUGCAAUUCUAUACACACUUACCUGGGAAUAAAUCCCAUUGAACAAGGGUUUACCGCUGAAUAGACAUGUACAGAAUCGCAUUGUAAAGCUAAUAUUGGUGCUGUCUUUAGUAACAUGUAAUUAUUUUUUAGUUAUGCAGUAAACUGCUCAAUUUGAACACUGAUGAUGCCUGUGACAGAGUCUCCUUGAUCUAGAGAUGUGUUGCUGUGAUACAUCAAAUGCACAUAGUAUUCUUGCUUUUUGCCUACAGAGGUCUCUGGAGUUUUCCUAUUCAUUUCAGUGGAGCAGUCAACUUUACACGCACAAAGGGAUAAACCAAGCUGCCUCUCCCUUAACUGAAUGGGGUGACCCACAUGUUCUGUGUAUGUACACAGGGUUCUGGAUGAAGGUGCAUCUGUGUGAAUAGAUCUGGACUCUUGCAUUUAAGUGUUAGAUUGAUUCACUAUUAGGUGUCAGAUUGGAUCACUAAUUGACAAGAGUAUUCAUUUAUUUUUUUUAAUAUGGCCAUGCUGAAAAUUCUUUAGAGCCAUCAAUUUCGGCUACUCCAUAAAAUUGUAAUAAGAAAUUAUGUAAAAGGGACAAGGUUAUCAUAUUGAGCAUAUCUAGAAUAAUCUGCAUUGGAGAAUGUGUGUAUUGGUCUUGCUGUUUCAAGACUUCAUUUAUUUUGGACAACAGAAAAUAAUGUAGUUGAUCUAAAAAUAAAUAAAGAGAGAGAGAUAGAGAGAGAGAAACCCAAACUACAAUCCUCUUUCAGAAUUAUUGUGAUAUAUCCUUAACUUGUGUGGUAUAAGGUAUUUUUAUAUAUAAAGCAACACAAACAUUUUGUAUUUUAUUUGUUGCUGUACUAAUGUUUAAUAAUGACCAAAGUGCAUUCUGUUGUUGUUGGUUUUCCUGCCACAAAGAAUGUAUUACUGAAGCUUUAAGAACAUGCUGUGUCUACUUUUAUCAUGUAAAAAACUUGGCUCUGUGAUCUGGUCUUCUUCCUCUGUGUUGUCUGAUGUUGGGGUUGUGUUGAGGAAUUAAGUCUAUUUUAUAUAUUUUUCCAAAAUACGGUACAAACCUAAACCUAACUAAAUUUUGCAUAGAAUAUAUUUUAAGAAGAAAAAAGUACAGUAUGAGUUGUGUAGGACUUAUUUCCAAAGUCUGUUUCUCCUUUUUUUUUUUUUUUUAAGGACAAAUAGCUGUUUUCAGAAUGAUUUUUUGUUACAGCACAAUCCUAUACAUGUCUACUCAAAGCUAAGUCCCAUUGAGUUCAAUGGGAUUUACUUCCAGGUACGUGGGUAUACGAUUGGAGCCAUAGACACUUAAAUGUUGACUAUGAUCUUGUUGGAUGGCAGCAAUUUGAGUUCAAGAAGGAAGUUCAAUUGUUAAUAUCCUGUAUGUCAGCAAUUAGCAAUAUGUUGGAUUAUUGCACUACUUAUGGCAGCAUAGGAAAGCAUAAUGGAGGCUAACAAAUACGAAAAGUACCUCACAAUAAAGACAGGUGUGUUUAAAUUGUUGCCAUUUUGUAUAUCGAUCAUGCAAGUGAAAUGCUAAGCAUGUUUUACAUCCCUUAUUUGGAAAAACAGAGGUAAGCAGAAAUGUGGCAGAUCUUGUUUAACUGUUUUUGACACAUGUUUGUAACAGACGGCGUGAUCAAGCUUGGAAUAAAACAUUCUGUGGUUGAUAG